AUCCCAAGACCGUUGAUCUUAACUCACUCACUUCUCAGUUCCCACCUUUGAAAUAUGAACAUUUUUCUCCAAUGGAAAGCGCAACACUGACAUCCCCUUUCGAAAAGCCGAUUCCCUUUUCAUGCCUACAAGUUGUGAAAUUCCCAACCGUUGGCUUUUCAUUGCGUAGUACGAUUCGUUUUCUCUUUUAUCGCAUAAACUUUCCAAAUUCUCUGAUCGCUUUUUUUGGGGCUAAAUUCUCCUUCAUCUUAUGGACGGAACUGCAUGAUUCCAAUUCGGUGGUCUCGACCGAAUCUUCAGCUUUUCUCUCUAUUUAUUGGCCGAGUUCGCUACCCCAUAGCCCACACUGCGUUCUCAACCUCAAGCUUUUGUGAGUUUACUACAACAAAUCUUCAAGGAGGUUCCUUGGAGUGCCAGACGUUUUGGUUCGUGGGGAGAGAAGUUCUUGGAGGAAAUUACUAUAGAAGGAUUCCAAAGGUUCUGGGGCUAUGGUGGAAAGUCAAGUGGGGCGUUUGCAGAGGUUACAAUAGAGAGUCUAGCUGUAAAAGUGUUUUAUAAGAUAUCUUUGUGCUUUGUAUUGGGCGAUCCGGCGGCAACAUUUGGACGACUACCCUGUAAUUCAUUAUGGGUUACCUGAGCAAUGGUUUUGAUGAAAGAAAUCAGCAGAAUGAUCUUGGUGCAGUUGUACAUAGUGGAAGAGAAAUCCUUUUUCAGGCUUUUAACUGGGAGUCUCAUAAAUAUGAUUGGUGGAGAAAUUUGGAAAUGAAAGUUCCUGAUAUUGCAAAAUGUGGAUUUACAUCAGCAUGGCUGCCACCAGCAACUCAUUCCUUCGCACCUCAAGGUUACGUUCCACAGAACCUUUAUUCCCUCAAUUCUUCAUAUGGUUCUGAGCACCAGUUAAGAGCUUUACUUCAAAAAAUGAAGCAAUACAAAGUUAGAGCGAUGGCGGACAUAGUAAUCAAUCAUCGUUGUGGAACUACUCAAGGGCAUGGGGGGAUGUAUAACCGUUAUGAUGGAAUUCCUUUACCAUGGGACGAACAUGCUGUCACAUCUUGUACUGGUGGAUUGGGUAAUCAAAGCACUGGGGACAACUUCCAUGGGUUUCCAAAUAUUGAUCAUAGCCAACAAUUUGUUCGAAAAGAUAUUACUGCAUGGCUCCAGUGGCUACGAAAUAGUGUUGGGUUUCAGGAUUUUCGUUUUGAUUUUGCAAGAGGUUAUUCAGCAAAAUAUGUGAAAGAAUAUAUUGAAGGAGCUAAGCCAUUAUUUUCUGUUGGGGAGUACUGGGAUUCUUGCAACUACAAUGGUCAUGGCUUGGACUACAACCAAGAUGGCCAUAGACAGCGGAUAAUCAAUUGGAUUGAUGGCACAGGACAGCUUUCAACUGCAUUUGACUUCACAACAAAGGGAAUUCUUCAGGAAGCUGUUAAGGGACAACUUUGGCGUCUACGUGAUCCUCAAGGGAAACCACCAGGUCUAAUGGGAUGGUGGCCUUCAAGAGCUGUCACAUUCUUAGAUAACCAUGAUACAGGUUCAACCCAGGCUCAUUGGCCCUUCCCCUCAAAUCACAUUUUGGAGGGCUAUGCAUAUAUUCUCACACAUCCAGGGAUACCAUCAGUGUUUUAUGACCAUUUUUAUGAUUGGGGCGACUCCAUUCAUGACAAAAUUGUGAAAUUGAUGGACAUUCGAAAGCGUCAAGACAUUCACAGCCGAUCAUCAAUUAGAAUUAUGGAGGCACAGCCAAAUCUAUACUCUGCAAUCAUUGGGGAGAAUGUGUGCAUGAAGAUUGGGGAUGGAUCAUGGUGCCCAACUGGCAGAGAGUGGUCACUUGCAACUUGUGGCCACGGAUAUGCAGUAUGGCAGAAGUAAUAAUGCUUCCAAAUGCUAUCUCCAUUUGCAUAUCUAUUUUUGGGGCCAGGAGGCUUGGCUGGGGGUUGGUUUCUCCCUACAGCUAUUUUAUAUAUAUUGUAUUAAUAAUAAGGCCUCCAAUCUCCAAUUUUGCAUUGGUAACCAGUGACUAAUUUAUAUCUUCCGCCUGAUUCCGGGAAACAUUUUAUUAUGAAUAAGGCCUCCAAGCUUUACUUUUGCAUUGUUAACA